AGUCUCACUAUCACUUCUCUACCGACACCACCAUUAAGAGGAAAUUUUAUCAAGGUCUCAGAAUAUUUUUCACAACAGUCACAUAGAAUAAAUAUAAACCAUGUUUUAUAUGUUCGAGGAUUUAUUCAUAUACAUGUUGCUCUUCAUGUAAACAUUGGUGAGGUUUUUUCAUGGAAAAAAUGCACAUUCUACGUCGACAAGGACAACAACCUCAAAUCUGCAUUAAUUGAACAUUCAAAGUCUUGUAAAGAUCUAACGCCUAUUAAUCUCAAUGAACAUCAUUGUAUAUGUUGUAGAGAAAUUCAUGACAUACAACAAGCUUGUUAUGGUGAAAAAUUAGAAUGCUGGUCAUCCGACAAUACUCUAAUAAAUUCCACAAUAUGGAAGGAAAAUA